AUGGAAUUUAUUCAUUGCAAUUCUUGCUUCGAAUUGCCAAAAAGUAACGGACGCACUUUCUUCCUGACAUCUUGUGGACACAUAGCAUGUGCUAAAUGCGUAAAGAAGAGUAAGUUUGCUUUUUUAUAUGGUGGCUACAAAUUUAGAUAUAAAAUAUUUGAUCAAUGUAAAUUUAAGCAAGAUAUUGGUAGUUCAUACUUUUUUUGAUGUCUUUCAAACAUUGUUUUGCAAGAUCAGGCUUAAUUAUAGACAGUAUUUAUUAUAUUUAUAUUGUUUAGACAAAAACACAACAACCCCGUCGAGGUCAGAGAUCUGUAGGACCUGCAAGAAUGCAUGUACAUAUUCCGAAAUCAAUAGAAGUCUUGAUGGCAACUCCAAAAUGUUCUUCCAGAGUCCCAAAGACUUGGCAGCACAGUACAUGGUGAACUUGAAGAAGGUUCUCGAGUUUCAGAGUUAUCACAGAAGUCGGUUGUUCAAGUAUCAGACGGAACGAGUGAGUUAUCUUCUUUUGGGUAAUGUUUUCGCGGUUUAGGGAUGUCAGAUAUGCAUUUUAUGCUGAAAUGUUUAAAAAAGAAACAAUUUUAGAAUAAUUUGGCGGAAUAUGUUAAUUUAUUUGUUUUUAAGGUUAGUUAAAGAGGUUUGUCAUGAAUAAAGUCAAUUUAGAUGUCUUACAUGAACAAAUACGUGAAAACAGCGCAGGUCGAGAUUAAAAAACGACAAGAAGCCGAGAAGAAAGUUAUUGCCGAAAAAGAAAAACUCAAAAAUUAUUGUAAAGAAAAGACGCAGCAAGUUCAGGAGCUUGAGAUGAAGUGAGUCAUGUUAAUAUCGUUCAUAAGUUUGUAUAAUACGUACAAUAUCUUAUUUCAUGUUUAUGGUCGAUUCUAAAUUGUUUUAAAGGUCAUUUUUGUCAGCUUUCAGAUUGACGACUUGUAAAGAAGAGUUGAUGAUGUUGAACAAGCUGAAGGAGGAGAAUGCGUUGAGGAGGUCGAGCAGGGAACGAGAACGGUCGAUUACGCCGAAAAGGAGUGAGUUUGAGAUUCAUAUUACCCAUAAGAUUGUUGUUCAAAGACCGAAAUUACUUUAAUAAAUAAGAUAUAUUGUAAUUGAGUUGAUUUUAACCAAUAUCUUAGCUUGUAAUGCUAUAUUUAGAUAUCUUAUCUUCAGGUCAGAAUCAUCAGUUUCCAAAUUUAUACGGAGAUACGCCUAUAACAACGUUAUCCAUGGCUUGUACGACGAGCACACCAAAUGAUGUGAGUUUAUAUAGCUUUGUUAAAUUAUCGUUUUUGAAAUUGGAAGGGAACAUUAGGUAUAAAAUACUGUUUUACUCGUCUUAGAAAUAAAAAAAUCUAAAAUAUUAUAUAAAAUGAGGUAAUAUUAGGUGAAGUCUGACUGUUUUUAAAACUUUCAGCCAUGCUAUUUGAACACAGACCCCGAUCCCAUGAGUCCAGCCGUCUUCCACGAGAGUCCAGUAGUCGCGUGUGGAGGGAAGUUCUUGACCACGCCAGCUUUGUUAGGCCUUAAUAACGGAAUUCAAAGGUAAGUUAUUUUUAAAAGUGAGGCAUAGAUGGAAUUAUUAAUAUAUUUUUAUAAAAUUUUGACCUUUUUAUACCUAAAAUGAAGUUUACCUGUAAUUUGCGUACAGAUAAACUGUGUUUUGUGAUGUCGUUGUCUGAAAAUACAACGCGUAGACUUCAUCGUAUUAUUUUACCGAACAACAACUUUCUUUCUAGUUAAAAAUACAAAAACUGGUUUCAGACGCUCAUCAAGCCACGGCCGAGGAGAAAUGCCUACACCGUCAUUCUUUCAAAUGCAAUACGACUAG